AUGUCGGGGUUGCUUGGCACGGUGGUUGAUGCAACAAUAGGAUGGCUGGUGCAAAGCAUCCUUGACAACUUCUUUACUGGACGUAUGGAAGCCUGGACUCGUGAAAUCGGGCUUGCUGAAGAUGUGGAGAAGCUCAAAUUUCAGAUGAGGGACGUGCAGAUGGUUCUUGCUGCUGCCGAGGGAAGGAGGAUUGACAAUAUGCCUCUGGCCUUGUCACUGGAUGGUCUCAGAGAGCUACUUUAUGAUUCAGAGGACGUGAUGGAUGAGCUUGACUACUACCGACUUGAGCAACAGAUCACAGAAGGGAAAGGUUGUAGUGCUCCUACUGGUACUAAUCUUGAGGGAAGCUAUGUGUCUUCGUCCACUCUAUCUUCUGUUGUUAAAUCAGUAUGCAGCGCCACAAGCCAAAUAACUGACUGGAUCUCACGUGGCAGAAAAAGGAAACGUGAAGAAGAGGGGCCUGCUCAUUGUAACAUGCUGCCUUUUGAGAUUAAAGAUAGCAUUUCCAAGAGGAUCAAUGUAAUAGUGAAUCUUCUAUGCAGUAAUAGCAAUUCUGUAAAGGGGGUUCUUCAGCUUGAGAACUUGCGCACCAUGGCAACAUCAAGUAAGAGUCAGAAUAUUGCCAGGGAUCAUCGCAUGACAACUUCUGUUCCGAUUGAGUAUAAGGUGUACGGAAGAGAUGCAGAGAGAGACGAGAUAAUAGAUCUGUUGAUAAAGGGGGGAUCUAGUGAUCUGAAUGUUCUGCCAGUGGUUGGCAGUGGUGGUAUUGGGAAGACGACGCUUGUUAGAUAUGUAUACCAUGCUAAAAGAAUUAAAGAUCAUUUUGAUUUGCUAAUAUGGGUCUGUGUAUCCACUAACUUCGAUGUAGUGGGGCUAACACUUCAGAUCCUAGAUCAUGAGAUACUUCAAGAAAAUAUUAGAAACAAAAGAUUUCUGCUUGUAAUGGAUGAUAUGUGGGAAGAGAAAGACAGGGGUGGAUGGAUUAAACUCUUGGCUCCAUUGAAAAGUAAUAAAGUAAAAGGUUGCAUGGUACUAGCAACAACCAGAACAAAAUCAGUGGCAAAAAUGAUAGGAACUAUGGAUGAAAUCACAUUGAGUGGUCUGGAUGAGAAGGAGUUUUGGCUGUUUUUCAAGGCAUGUGCAUUUCGCAAUGACAACCGCGAGCACCAUCCUAGUUUGCAAUCUAUUGGGAAACAAAUUGCUAAAGCACUAAAAGGCUUCCCACUAGCUGCACAAAGUGUUGGUGCACUUCUGAACACAGAAGUUAGCUAUCAGCAUUGGACGACAGUUCGGGACAAAUGGAAAUCUCUUCAAGGAUAUGAUGAUGAUAUUUUACCCAUCUUGAAGCUCAGUUAUGAUUAUCUACCAGUCUACCUUCAGCGGUGUUUCUCAUACUGCUCUUUGUAUCCAGAGGACUACGGAUUUGAUGGGAAAGAAUUGGUCCAUGCCUGGAUAUCACAAAAUUUUGUGCAGUGCAAAGAUCCUACCAUAAGACUGGAGGAAACAGGGCAUGAAUAUUUGGAAAAAUUAGUGGAUUUGGGCUUCUUCCAAAAGGAUGGCUCACACUAUGUUAUGCAUGACCUAAUGCAUGUAUUGGCAGGGAUGGUUUCAUCAAAUGAGUGUGCUACUAUAGAUGGAUUGAAAUCCGGGGCAAUUCGAGCAAGUGUUCGGCAUUUGUCGAUCAUAAUUACUGAUUAUGAUAAAGAUGAGCAUGUCAGCAAUUCUAGUGAGAAGUUUGACAAAAUACUUCAGAAGGUGUCUUGGCACAAAUUGAGGACAUUGAUGUUGUUUGGGCGAAGCAGCAUACAUUUAUCAGGGCCAUUGCGUACUUUAUGCAAUGAGGCAAAAUGUUUACGGUUGCUAAGUGUGACAGGUGCUGACAUCAGCUCUAUAUACAAUUCGUCAAAUCUAUUCCAUCUUCGCUAUAUAUCAGCAUACAGAGUCAGCAACCCUGCGUUUCGUCAAGCUUUGACAAGAUGUUAUCACCUUCAAGUACUGGAUGUGGGCAUUUCGGGCAAUCUUGAUGUACCUACUGACAUGAAUAAUCUUGUGAAUCUGCGUCAUCUUAUUGCUCAUGAGAAAGUGCACCACGCAAUAGAUUGUGUCAGCAACAUGACCUCUCUUCAGGAAUUAAAAUUCAAGGUUCAAAAUGUUGGCAGUUUUGAGAUAGGACAACUUCAGUCCAUGAAUGAGCUUGCAUCACUAGGAGUUUCUCAACUUGAAAAUGUGAAGACUAAAGAAGAGGCGUGGGCAGCCAUGCUGACACACAAAGAGUAUCUAGAAACAUUGUUCUUGUCAUGGGAGAAUAGCAGCAUGAGCCUUCAACCUGAGGCUGAGUGUAGGGAAUGGCAAAUUCUAUCUACUCAUGGAAUGCAUUCCCUUAGGAAGCUGACAUUGAUCAGGAUGUUGAAUUUAAUGGAACUCUCAGUUCCUUCCUUGGUAGAGUUGACCCUGAUUGGCAUGCCAAAAUUGAAAAAAUGUACCGGUUCUUAUGGAAUGGAUUUGACUUCCCAUUUAAGUGUUUUGAUGAUCAAGAACUGCCCUCAACUGAAUGAGCUCACUCUUUUCCAGAGUUACUCUUCUUUCGACGCUGAGCAGAAAUCCUGGUUUCCAUCUCUCAGCAAACUGUCCAUCGGGCAGUGUCCUCAUAUAAUCAACAACUGGCCAAUCCUUCCACUAAGAGAAAUGGGGGCACUCAAGGAGUUGGAGUUGAUGGAUCUGCAUGUUGUCAGAGUGUCAGUUCCUUCUCUGGAGAAGUUGAGGUUGUCCAGGAAAACAGCACAUCUACAAGCAGCCUUGUCCCCCCAUCUCUCAAACGUGUCAACAUUAGCACAUGUGGCGUAA